CGAUAACGUAGCAAAGUAUGGCAGGGAUCACUUGCAAUCCGUAAACCCACGGCAAAAAAAUGGGGAGCAGAGCUUUGCUGGUGCUCACCAACUUCAAGUUUAAAAGCAGCUCUGCUUAUUCUUCUUCAAAACCCUUUUACCUUAUUAAGAGUAGCCCCACAAUACGAAAGUUCUCCACGAAAACGAGGUCGUCUUUGCAGCCACCGGAUGUGCCUCGUCUGGCUGAAACAGCUCGUAUUUCACUCGCCCCAAAUGAGGUUGAAGAAUUUGCUCCCAAAAUUCGACAAGUGAUAGACUGGUUUGGGCAACUUCAAGCUGUUGAUCUGGACAGUGUGGAGCCCGCUAUUAGAGCUGACACUGAAGGUGAUAAUUUGCGUGAAGAUGUCCCUGAAACAUUUGAGAAUAAGGAAGCACUGAUAGCGUAUGUUCCAAGCUAUGAGGAGCCGUAUAUCAAAGUUCCUAAAGUAUUGAACAAGGAGUAAGACUGUUUGGGCACCACAGUAUUGUCUUUAGUACCCUAAGAAUUUCAUGUAUGUAAGUGGCCUCAAAUUCUCAUUUAUAUUGCUUUGGAGGAGAUGAAUUCCCCACUGAUAUCCCUCUUUGUAAUGUUUGGCAAUGAACUGAUACGUGUUCCCGGCACACUUUUCUCUGAAAGAUUAUGCUUUUUGUUCA